AUGGGAUCUUCGGACACUCUCCCGACACUGGAGUCGCUACAUUUCCCGUCGGCACAGCAGUCCAUCUCCCAGACGCUCUCGUCACUGCGUCGAUCGGCGCUGUCCGUCUCAAACAGACUUCAGUCUAUUGAGGAUGAUGGCGCUUUUGUGCAUGAGGUUGCCGAGCACUAUGGACUUCCUCUUGUUGCUAAUGAACGCUGUGGGAGCUGGUAUAUCCCGCCAGCUUCGAAGGUUGGUAGUGCUUAUUUUAAAAGCACCGAUGGGCACACUGGGCAGUGGGAUUUUAGCUUUCGUAGGCUGAAUCUGCAGUUGUUGCCGCUUGCCAGGGAUCAUGGGGGCUGUGUAAUAGUCGACUCAACCCGCCGAGGCAAAUUAAUGCCCGACGCCCUAUCAAAAACCAUCCCAAUCUGGAGUGCCGUCCUGAACCGGGCCCUAUUCCCAUCCGAGACUGCAUACCAUGCAGUUGCACUGCCGCCUAAUUAUCUCGGUGCCUCGGAAGAAGCUCAGAUUGAGAGUCGGAUUGAGGGAUUUGUUCAUUCGUUGAAGUCAUUAAAACUCGACCUACCAACCCUCCGCACAGAUCUCUCCAAACCAAUCCGCAUAGCCUGGGCCAACAGAUCCUACUACCACCCACCAGACCUCCAGAGAAGCAGCGACUACAACCUUCUAGUGCUAUGUUCAGCCUCGAGGCGGGUACAUGGCGCCGAAAUGUCCGAAGGCGGCUAUAUCCAAGGUGCUGGCGAUGACAGUGAGGGAUGGGCGCAUGGAUUAACACCGCCAGUUUUCUGGGCUAAUCAUGCUGUGUUGAAGGGGACUGCUGAGGAAGAUUUGCCGGAUGUUAUUGGAAGGCUGGUUGGUGAGUUUAAGUUGGGGAAUGCGAGUUCGGAGGUUACUUGUAUUGCGCCUACGCGGAAUUUGUUUAUUGGGGAAGCUGGGGCUGGGGUUGAUUUUGAGGGGAGGUUUGAUCUUGUUAUUGACUGUAAUGGGGAUGUGGGUUCGGGUGGUGAGGGAGAGGGAGAUGGAGAAGGGAAUGGGAAGAGGCUUAAUCUUGGAUGUGCGUCUGGGAAGUUGGGGAGUCGCGAUCUAAGGAAGUCGUUGGAUAAAGUGCAUGAGUUCGUUGGGGCGCGGCUUGGAUUGGACUCGUCGCUUUCUUUACUGGUUGUUUGUGAGACUGGGAAGGAUCUUUCGGCGGGGACACUGUUGGCGAUUAUUUGCCUGUUCUUCAAUGAUGAUGGUGCCUUCGAUGCCUCGUUGAGCAAGCGCGCGAUCGGCAAGCAGUUCAUUCGACAGCGUCUCGCCUGGCUCGUGUCGUCGAAACAUGACGUGAAUCCGUCUCGAGCCACACUUCAGUCUGUCAAUGCUUUCCUGAUGCAGCCGCCAGAUUAUUGA